UUGAAGCGAUGGCACCAAAACUUGUUCAAGAUAUUUACAAAUUAUUUUGGUUUCGUCUAAAUGUUCAAGAACCGGUAGUGCAACCUACUUUGUUUGAAAAGAAUAUUAAAAUUGAUCCAAAUAUAAUGAACGGAAAUUGGGACGAUGAUGAUGGUGAUAUCAAUCAAUUACGUGUUGGUAUUUGUUAUUUUCCUCUAAUUGGGCGAGAUUUGGCGUCUCCAAAUAGAAAAGUAUUUACAGUUGCAAAAGUAUUUUCACGAGUUACCAAUGAGUCCGACGAAGAAGUAUGA